UCUCCUCGUGUGCGUGUACGGUGAAGCUCGGUAUUGGGGCCAUGACAUGACUUCUGCUGCAGCUGCUGGCCCCGUUUGUAAGCAGCACCUGCAACCUGGAAUCCUUUGCCCGCCGGGGACGCGAUGCGGGCACUUGACCUGGGCAACUUGCUCGGCUCCCACGUUCCUCAGCCCCCGACGGGAGAGCCAUCGGUGCCUCCCACGAUGCCCUCUGUUUCCCAGAGUGUUUGCGUGUUGAGGAGUCAAUAAAGAAGCGCUGUGCAUGGGACUGCUGCUUGCUCAGAAAGAUAAGUCCCUUCUUCAUUUGCAUAGGUUAAUCUGUGUGUGUCUGUAUGUGCUUAUUAUGCCAUGCCCGCUGCUGAGCACUCUGAUUAGGGUUAAAUACAGAGCCAGGUAGUAAAGAGACCUCCUCAUGCAGGGGGUGGGGGGGAGAAGAGAAAAGAAAAACUAGUUAAGCUUAUUUUAAACCAGAUGAUUGACAACCUUUUGCCUGUUACACUCGGAAAGCUCUCAGAGCAACUUCAGGACAUUAAGUGAGUUUUUUUAAACACAAAAGCAGAAGUUCCUGUUGUUUUUCAAAAUAGUGACAUCCUUCUCUUUACCUUUUUACAGCUGGUGGAGUAGAGGUGUGUACAGUACAUCUGCAGGGAACUCUGAACCACAUAUAGGUUUUUCUCCCCCCCACCCCAUCCCUUUUAUCGGUGUAUCAUUGGGGAUCAUGGCAGUUGGAGUAAGUCCUGCCUUGGCAAGAGGCCCAAAUUAUUCUAUUGUUGGAGAGGAUCUGGGCUGAGAUAGCCAGCCCUUAGAAGAAGAAUCUCACACUGCACACAUCAUUCAACCAGUCUAUGGAGCUCAGCACCCUCCGCUGGAUCCCCGGUUCACCAAAAACUUCAUUAAGGAACGCUCCAAGGUCAACGCACUGCCCAUGAAGAACAAGAAGGCCAGCAGCUUUCAUGAAUUUGCCCGAGACACCAGUGAUGCCUGGGAUAUUGGGGAUGAUGAAGAUGAGGACUUCUCAUCUUUCCAGACCUUGAACUCUAAGGUGGCCAAAGCUGCAGCAGCGCAGGUUCUAGAGAACCACAGCAGGCUACGUGUGAAGCCUGAGCGUCCCCUGGUAGUUCUCAGUGAAGCCCCAACCAACUGCAAGGUCAUCAAAUCCAGCAGUGAGGCCCAGCUGUCCAGAGCUCCUGAAGAUGCCUGUAUGCGCAACCCCCUCCACAAACAGCAAUCCCUCCCACUCCGACCCAUCAUUCCACUCGUUGCUCGCAUCUCUGACCAAAAUGCUUCAGGGGCUCCUCCCAUGACGGUGCGUGAGAAGACUCGCUUGGAGAAGUUCCGGCAGCUUCUGUCCAGCCACAACACAGACCUAGAUGAACUGAGGAAAUGCAGCUGGCCUGGUGUUCCCAGAGAGGUUCGGCCUGUGACAUGGCGGCUUCUAUCAGGUUAUCUACCUGCCAACAUGGAGAGACGGAAGCUGACCUUGCAGCGCAAGCGCGAGGAGUAUUUCGGCUUCAUUGAGCAGUAUUAUGACUCUAGAAAUGAAGAGCAUCAUCAAGAUACAUACCGGCAGAUCCACAUAGACAUUCCGCGGACGAACCCCCUCAUCCCUCUCUUUCAGCAGCCGCUAGUCCAAGAGAUCUUUGAACGAAUCCUGUUUAUCUGGGCCAUCCGACACCCAGCCAGUGGCUACGUGCAGGGGAUUAAUGACCUGGUCACUCCAUUCUUUGUCGUGUUCCUCUCUGAAUAUGUUGAGGAGGAUGUCGAGAACUUUGAUGUUACUAACCUGUCUCAGGAUGUGCUUCGGAGUAUUGAAGCUGACAGCUUUUGGUGCAUGAGCAAACUGCUAGACGGGAUACAGGAUAACUACACAUUUGCACAGCCAGGGAUCCAAAAGAAGGUCAAAGCACUGGAGGAACUUGUCAGCCGGAUUGAUGAGCAGGUACACAAUCACUUUAGGAAGUAUGAAGUGGAAUAUCUGCAGUUUGCCUUUCGCUGGAUGAACAACUUACUGAUGAGGGAGCUUCCUCUUCGCUGUACCAUUCGCCUUUGGGACACCUACCAGUCUGAGCCAGAGGGAUUCUCUCAUUUCCACUUAUAUGUCUGUGCUGCAUUCUUAAUUAAAUGGCGGAAAGAGAUAUUGGAUGAAGAGGACUUCCAGGGCCUCCUGAUGUUGUUACAAAACCUACCCACGAUACACUGGGGCAAUGAAGAGAUAGGACUCCUCCUUGCUGAAGCUUACAGACUCAAGUACAUGUUUGCAGAUGCCCCCAACCACUACCGCCGAUAGGUGCCAGAGAUCUGCUGUUGCUCCCCAUCAUGCUGGCCCAAUUCAAUCACUGUGGCAUUUCAUCACCCGAGUCCUCGGACACUCUGACCAGGAGCCACUCCUUGCUGUAAAAAGCUCACAUCAGACUUUUGUCUUAACUCUUGCGUGUGCCUGCCUGCCACUCCGUGUGUGGAUGUGCCACUCGAGCAACCAUGAGUGUCCCAUCCUAUGAUGGUGGCCUGAGCUUGGGUUUGGGCCAAAAGAAUAAACUGAGCCUCUCAGUGCCCUCCCAGCCUGGACCACCUGCGCCUUGCAGCCUCUUGUUAGCCCGCCUAAGCACAGACACACUUGCGCACUCCCAGCUGGGCCUGUAUUGUUUUGUUUUUGUUUUCUUCAGAUGCUGUUCAAUCAAACUCCCCAAUGAAGAUGCCUUACAAAGAGUCCUGCCCAGGGGACGGCAGUGCCGUUGGACACAAGAAGCUCUCAGGGCUUAGCUUCACUCCCUGUGUCUGAAGAAGUGCAGCAUUUCAAGGGUUAACAAGAACACAUGACACACAAACACACUCCUCUUGUGCAGCAUGUCUCUCUGCAUAGGGUGGCGCACCCGCGUGUUCAAAAGGCUGUCUUGUCCACGCACAGUUCAGAAUGGCAAGAUAGGACUCCUGGGAUGGAUGGAUGGAUGGGUUGGUUGACUGGCUGAUUGACUGACUUACCUGCUGUGUGCAUUGAACUGGAGGCAGGGUGGGGGUGGGGGGAGCUGUGCUUCUAAAAUCUCCUAUCCAUUACAAUGACACUCCUCCGAGGCAUUAUGUGUAUAUUGUGUUCUUGUGUAUAUGGGUAAAAGAUGUACAAUAUAAGUCUCCUGUUUGUAGCAGAUAUGAUUUUAUAUUUAUAAUGUGCAUCCUAAGCGUGUAAAGGCUGCCUAGGUUAAAAAUGACAGUGGGUCGCCUGCCUCUCCUGGUCGCCAGGACUUCGGAGCUGUCGGCACACCUGCACUAACUAGCACAUUUUCCAGAGAGGCGUGCUUCAUUUCUACCAGGAAAACUGGACUCCAAAGCAAAAUCGACAUCCAGUGACCUCCAGCACUGAGGAGGUUGAGGAUCUAGGGAACUGGGCGCUUGCUCCUGGAGCGGGUCCCUUGGACUGGUUGGGAUUUGACCCGAGGGGUGCCUGCCCUCCCCAUCAGCAUUUGAGCAUGCCCUCUUCCAAAGCACUGCAGCUCUCUGUCCUCCUCCAGCACUGCAGCAGUGGCUCGGGCCAUUCCUGCCCCUUGCUGUAAUUGUAACUAGAAGGGUAAUGAGUCCCAGCUUGGUCUGCCUCUCCUGGCUUUUCCUUCCCCAGCCCUAACUGGCACCUCCAUGCCUCUUUGGGGCAAUGGAGAGAGUGGAUGGGCGUCUCGUUUCAAGGCCCUGAACUUUCCAGGUGAGGAAGGAAGAGUUGGCGGCUUCUACACCAAACUCCUUCCUCCUCCCAUCAUCUCCAUGUGGUUUUCGACAAGCAAAGGAGAAUGUUUUUUCAUUUAACAUCAAUAUUCCAGCCAUCAGGUGCAGCCUCAUUAGUGCCAAGCCUUGACCUCUCGGGGCAGCUUUGUUCCCAUGGGCCGAGUGCCCCAGCCUGUGCUGAGCUGACCUCCGCUCAUCUCCUCAGCUUCCAACUGCACCCAGCUCUCUCUCUCUCUCUCUCUCUCUCGCUCCCUCCCCCCCCCCCCCCCGUUUGGGGUGGAAAAAGAAAAGCAGUUGGGUGACUUCCUUUCAGCGAUGGCACCAGGGGAAAUGGGAGUCACAAGAAGGCGAGAGCCUCAUCACCAUGCAAACACCAAGCCGUGUCUCUCGAGUUGCUUUCCUAACCUGGAGUUGUUUUCUCAGGCGUUCUGACUUGAUUUUCUUUUGUGUGUGUGCCUUUUGUUGUUUCCUCUGAGACAGCGCCCUGGUGGUCAUUAGUUUAACAUGACUAAUUAAAAAAGAAAACCAA